CAUCUAAGACAAACCCAGUUUACGCACAAGACGCUCAGAGGAGCAGAAGCCAUCUCUAUAUAUCUAAUCCUAGCCUAGUUUAUACGUCAAUAAACAGGGAUAACCACAACAGUGCAUGCAGUGCUCUGCUGUUUUGAAACACUUAAGACCUGAUGGAGAGGAUCAAAUCUAACGGAGGGGAGCAUGUGAACCCCGCGUAUGAUGCCAACCUGGAUGAACCUCCUGUCUAUGAGGAGCACCGCACCAUCAGGCCCUCUGUGGUCAGCGCCUUUGGUCAUGACACACUGGACCGGGUACCAAACAUUGACUUCUAUCGUAAUGCGGGCAGUGUGAGCGGUCACCGGGCUGUUCGACCAUCCCUACAGGAGCUGCAUGACGUGUUUCAGAAGAAUGGAGCUAUAUCAGUUCCAGACACUGUGGAGGAUGAUGAUGAGGGCAGCAGCGGGACCCCCUCUGAUGACCUGGAGUCCGCCAUUCCCAACACCAAAGGAGCAGUAAAGUUUGGCUGGAUAAGAGGAGUCCUGGUGAGAUGCAUGCUGAACAUCUGGGGUGUCAUGUUGUUCAUUCGCGUGUCCUGGAUUUUUGGUCAGGCAGGUUGGGGUCUGGGAAUUGUGAUCAUUGUUCUCAGCUGUGUGGUCACCACCGUCACCGGCCUUUCCAUGUCGGCCAUUUGCACUAACGGUGUGGUCAGAGGAGGAGGAGCAUACUACUUGAUAUCUCGAAGUUUAGGACCAGAGUUCGGCGGCUCCAUUGGCCUAAUCUUUGCCUUUGCCAAUGCGUUGGCUGUUGCCAUGUAUGUGGUGGGAUUUGCUGAGACUGUGGUGGAUCUGCUCAAGGACUUCGAUUCCAUCAUGGUGGAUCCGUUAAAUGACAUCAGAAUCAUUGGCUGUAUCACAGUUGUGUUGCUGUUGGGAAUAUCAUUGGCUGGAAUGGAAUGGGAGGCCAAGGCCCAGAUUGUCCUACUCUUCAUCCUGCUGGCCGCCAUUGUGAAUGUAUUUGUAGGAACAUUCAUUCCUGCAACAGAGAGCAAAAAAUCACAAGGCUUCUUCAAUUAUAACUCAAAAAUCUUCUUAGAGAAUUUCACUCCGGACUUCAGAGACGGAGAAUCGUUCUUCUCCGUGUUCGCCAUCUUUUUCCCAGCUGCAACCGGGAUCCUGGCCGGAGCCAACAUCUCUGGCGAUUUGCGGGAUGCCCAGGCCGCCAUACCUAAAGGUACCUUGCUGGCCAUUCUUAUAACCGGUGUCACCUACAUGGGUGUGGCCCUGUGUGUCUCUGCCACUGUUGUCCGUGAUGCUACAGGGAACUUAACUGACGCCAUCACCUCCGCGAUACAGUGUAACGGUUCAAUUGCAUGUGAGCUGGGCUACGACUUCUCCUCCUGUGCAGAGGAGAGCUGCAACUAUGGCUUAAUGAACAAUUUCCAGGUGAUGACCAUGGUCUCUGGGUAUGGUCCUGUCAUCAUUGCUGGAACUUUUUCAGCCACACUUUCAUCCGCCCUGGCUUCACUUGUCAGUGCUCCCAAAGUCUUCCAGGCUCUGUGCCAAGACAACAUCUACACAGCCCUGCACUUCUUUGCAAAGGGAGUUGGCAAGAACAACGAGCCGAUUCGUGGCUACAUCCUCACGUUCAUUAUCUCUGUAGCCUUCAUUCUCAUUGGAAAUCUCAACACCAUCGCUCCUAUCAUCUCAAACUUCUUCCUGGCAUCUUACGCGCUUAUCAAUUUCUCCUGCUUCCAUGCGUCCUAUGCAAGGUCCCCAGGUUGGCGACCAGCAUACAAAUUCUACAACAUGUGGCUCUCCCUGCUGGGCGCUCUGCUCUGCUGUGCUGUUAUGUUUGUCAUCAACUGGUGGGCUGCUCUCCUCACAUACGCCAUUGAAAUCCUCCUCUACGUCUACGUCACAGUCAAGAAGCCAGAUGUGAACUGGGGUUCGUCGACGCAGGCGGUGACAUUUGUGAGCGCGGUCAACAACGCUCUGUCUCUCUCUGGUGUUGAUGAUCACGUCAAGAACUUCAGGCCUCAGAUCUUAACACUGACAGGCUCAGCACGGACCAGGCCAGCUCUCCUGGACCUGGCUCACUCCUUCUCAAAGAACUAUGGACUCUGUCUAAUCUGUGAAGUCAUUGUGGGUCCGAGAUCAGAGGCCCUCAAUGAGAUGAACGCUGGUAUGGAGAGGAACCAACAGUGGCUGAGGAAGACCAAACGUCAGGCAUUUUAUGCUGCUGUGGCCUGUGACCACUUCAGGGAAGGGACUGUGAGCCUUCUGCAGGCUUCUGGUCUUGGGCGCAUGAAGCCAAACACAUUGAUGUUAGGAUUCAAGAGGAAUUGGAGGAAUUCCGGCACAGAGGAAGUGCAGAGUUAUGUGGGAAUACUGCAUGAUGCGUUUGACUUUGAAUACGGGGCAUUGAUGCUGAGAAUGGACGAGGGACUGGAUGUGUCGCACAUUGUCGAGGCAGAAGAUGAGAUGCUAAAGGCAGAGAAGGAGCAACGAGUGCUGGAUAAAGAAAUGAUGCAGAACGGGAGGAAAUCAAAAGGACUCUUCAGGAAGUCCAGGAACUCAUCUCAACAAGUGCUCACAACCAGAGUGUCAGUGUGCGCCCCUCCGCCCCUGCAGAUGGCCAAGAUGAAUGAGAGGCUGGUGGAGGCCAGCAAGCAGUUCAAGAAGAAACAGCCUAAAGGCACCAUUGAUGUGUGGUGGCUGUUUGAUGACGGAGGUCUCACUCUGUUGCUCCCCUACAUCCUCACCACCAGGAAGAAGUGGAAGGACUGUAAAUUAAGGAUCUUCAUUGCAGGGCAGCCUGGACAAUCUGAGAAAGAUAAACAGGAGAUGAAAUCCCUGCUCCAUAAAUUCAGAAUUAACUGCACCGACAUCAAUGUUAUUGAUGACAUCCAUAUCCAGCCCCGCUCGGAAAGCUUGAAGAAGUUACAUGACAUGAUCGAGCCGUUCCGUCUGCGUGAGGGCUCCAAAGACUACGCUGAGGCUGAGGCCAUGAAGAGAGAGCACCCCGGGAAAAUCUCUGACGAAGAGCUGAGCAGCUUUGAGGAGAAGACAAACCUCCAGGUACGACUGAAUGAGGUGCUUCAGGAAAACUCCAAAUCAGCCAAUCUCAUCAUUGUGAGCAUGCCCAUCGCUCGUAAAGGGUCUGUCUCUGAUUUCCUCUACAUGGCCUGGCUGGACAUACUGACUAAGGACCUUCCACCAACCCUUCUCAUCAGAGGAAACCACAAGAGUGUGCUCACUUUCUACUCCUGAGCACCCUGCAGGCUAAACAUAGGAGACAGGUAGUUAUAGUGGAAAAAAUGGUAGUGCCAUAUUGUCGGACAGUGGUCAUAAAGAGUGCAAGGACCUUUGGUGCAAGAACAACAAAGUGUAACACGAGCAAAUAUAGUUCUUUCUGCGGAGGGGGCAUUUCAUUCCAAGUGUCAAAAAAAAACAAAUGCAAGAAAUACCUAAAAGGGAAAAAUGCAAAAAAAGAAGUCGGCUGGCAAAUUUGACAGUUGCAAUAAGACCUUUUUUUCAGUCACAGUCUGUGUGUAUUUGACCAUUAACAUGUUUGUAUUUUUUUUAAUGUAUAACUUUAAACUGCUUAGCUGCACUCAACGCUUUUCAUAAAUGCUUUGAAUGAGGAACAAGACCCGUCUAAGAAGGAAAAAUUGCUUUUCUGAUAUUGAAGUGCAAAUGUCAGACAUUCUGAAUGUGAAUGGAGGAACGUGGACAAAGUUUAAGCUCUUUGCAACAAUGCGCUAGUAUGGAAAAUAUGGUGAGAUACUCAGAUUGUCCUAUGACAAGAACAAUAACAAAAGCACUUCAUUUUGGGUUUAGAACAAAGUCAAAUCAAACAUCUUCCUAGCUUGGUCAGAUCAGUACAAUAAACAAAGGCAGAUAUACAAGUGUGCUCUCAAUAGUUACACUGAAUGACUACAUUGCCUGCUGCUGUGAUUGUAAAAUAAAUGUACAUAGUAGAAGACUGAAUUCACCAGUGGAUACUUUUCAAGCAAAUAACCCUUUCAUAAAUGAUCAGCAUCUAUUUUAUUAAAAUAUAGUACAAAUUAUAUUUUUUAAACAUUCUUUGAUACUCACUAAGUAUAAAAUAUGCACACUGUUAUAAAAAAGCUGUUUACCUGUCCUACGCUAUACUUUGAAGAUAUGUUUCAUGUUAUUAUCACAGCACACUUUUGGUUUAAGGAAAAUUGAGUAAAAUUAAAGACUGUAAAGCCAAUUAUUCUGUAUAUGUUUUGCCUUAUGUCUGACUUUAUAUUUAAAUAUAUAAUUGUGAUUACCCGAAAAUAAAGACUUUAAGUUGCUUUA